AAAACCCUAAAAACGAAGACAAGAAGAGCGUUGUGGGGUUUAAGAACUGAGGCGCUAAGGCUUUGAUAACUUCUAAGUUCUCAUUUCCAUUUCCUUUCAAAUCUGUAUUCUUCGAAGCCAUUCAUUCGCCAUGUGGUCUCUUCGUCGAGCUUCCAAUUCUCUCAACUUCCGGGGAUUGAGUGUAGUAACUUCUCGAGUUAGUUGUGCUAAAUCAGAAAUAUUUUCUAAUAAUGUUGAAGGCUAUUCUACAAUUUGCGAGUAUCCUCAAGCGCUAUCCGGCAACAGAUGCCUAUUUUACCACAAUGAAGCUAUUUAUUCAAAGUUCUAUAUGGUGAGGCAAAGCAUGUCUUCACAAGCUGGUGCAGAAAGCAGUGAAUCAGAAGAUGACUUAGAGGAUGGGUUUUCUGAACUCGAAACACCAGCUAGUGAUAACGCAAUUGAAGAACGCAAUGCAGUAGGUGGGAAUGAAGAUGAGUUAGUUUCUGAACCUGAGCUUUCUGAUGAUAAUGAUGAUGUUGGAGAACACUCUCAAAAUGCAAUGGAAUUAUUAGAUACUGAAGCAGAUUCAGAUGAGAAAGCAUCAAUGAAGAAAAAAGUUGCCUCAGAACUGUUUCGAGCCAUCAUUUCUGCUCCAGGUUUGUCUAUCAAUGGCGUUCUUGAUAAGUGGGUUGAAGAAGGAAAGGAUUUGGAUCGGGCAGAGAUCUUACUGGUCAUGCUUGAUCUUCGUAAACGUCGAAUGUAUGGGAGGGCCCUGCAGCUAUCAGAGUGGUUGGAGGCCAAUAACCGACUGGACUUUAUUGAGAGAGAUUAUGCUUCUCGGGUUGAUUUGAUUGCAAAAGUGCGUGGUCUCCACAAGGCAGAGAACUAUAUUGAGAAAAUCCCAAAAUCAUUCAGAGGGGAAGUAAUCUACCGAACUUUGUUGGCCAAUUGUGUUGCUGCUAACAAUGUGAAGAAAGCAGAGGAAGUAUUCAACAAAAUAAAGGACCUUCAAUUUCCAGUCACAACAUUUGCAUGUAACCAGCUGCUUCUCCUCUACAAAAGGGUUGACAAGAAGAAGAUAGCUGAUGUUUUGUUAUUGAUGGAGAAAGAAAAUGUCAAGCCUUCACUUUUCACUUACAAAAUCUUAAUAGAUAUCAAAGGCCAAUCUAAUGACUUAACAGGGAUGGAUCAAAUUGUAGAGACCAUGAAGGCUGAAGGCAUUGAACCUGAUAUCAACACCCAAGCAAUUAUUGCCAAGCACUAUUCUUCUGGUGGCCUCAAAGAAAAAGCUGAGGCUAUUUUGAAAGAGAUGGAAGGAGGAAACUUAAAAGAGCAUCGUUGGGCCUGUAGGGCUUUGCUACCUCUAUAUGCUUCACUUGGAAAAGCUGAUGAAGUGGGGAGAGUUUGGAAGGUCUGUGAGUCGAAUCCCCGGCUAGAUGAGUGCAUGGCUGCCAUUGAAGCUUGGGGAAGGCUAAAGAAAAUUGAUGAAGCUGAGGCAGUUUUUAAUAGGAUGCAUACGACUUGGAAGAAGCUCUCUUCAAGACACUAUGCUGCACUUUUGAAGGUUUAUGCAAACCAUAAGAUGCUAGCCAAAGGAAAAGAUCUGGUCAAGCGAAUGGCAGAUAGUGGGUGCCGCAUUGGUCCAUUGACUUGGGAUGCUCUUAUUAAGCUUUAUGUUGAAGCAGGGGAAGUGGAAAAGGCCGACUCUGUACUGCAAAAGGCUGCUCAGCAGAGCCAGCUGAAGCCAAUGUUUAGUUCUUACUUAGCUAUUAUGCAUCAGUAUGCAAAACGGGGUGAUAUACAUAAUGCAGAAAAAAUUUUUCACAGGAUGAGACAAGCGGGAUAUGUGGCUCGACUUACGCAAUUCCAGACUCUAAUCCAGACUUACAUAAAUGCCAAGGCCCCAGCUUAUGGGAUGAGGGACAGGAUGAAGGCAGAUAAUAUAUUCCCAACCAAGGCCUUGGCUGCCCAGCUGGCGCAGGUUGAUGCAUUUAGGAAGACGGCAGUGUCGGAUUUACUUGACUGAAGAUUUAGAUGGUUUCUGAUGCAGUUAAUAUCUUAAUGUCAACUAUUUAUCUAUGUGCAACCAUCUUCUGUUUUUGGCGGGUGAAACCAUUUUGGUGCUUUUAUAGACCUUUGCAGCAAAUUGUGUUUGCAUUUCUUAGGGAUAUGUUUUAGCUCAUAUGCUUGUUACUUGUGCUCCUGCAAUUCCCAAAUUUCUAAAUGCUAUUUUACUUAAGGGAAAAUUAUGCA